GAAAGACAAUUGUCUUAACAUUAAAAUGGAGUUAUGUUUCAAUAAUUUGACAAAUGUUUUGGAAAAUAAGAAAUUAGUGUUUAAAGAAUUGAUGACUAAUUUUGAGUUUUAUAUAUCGUAUCAAAUGUUUCGUGAACUCACAAAAUGUGUGCAAUAUUUGCACGAAAAGCAUAUCAUUCAUAGAGACCUCAAACCGGAUAAUGUGUUGAUUUCAAUGGACUAUAAGAUAAAGUUAUGUGACUUUGGUUUGGCUAAAGAAGUUGCAAAUACUGAUUGGUAUCGGAUGUCUAAAACUAAACAUACGGCAGAUGUGGGAACUGUUGACUAUAUGGCACCGGAAGUAAAUUCAGAUCCAAUUGAUUACGACCAUAGGAUAGAUAUCUACAGUCUAUCCCUAAUUGGGGCUCAAAUAUUUGGGUUCAAUACAAACGAUAUAAAGAACGGAUUGUAUAGGUUAAUACCGGACCAGUUCCUUUUGAUGUCGCACGGAUCUAACCGUUAG